AAAUCGACGGACAAAGGGUAGCCCGAGAGUAAAUACGGGAUGAAUUGGUUUGUUGUUGUAGUCAACCGAGCAAGUUAAGUCACAUGUUUAUAUGAACUUGAUAGAAAAAUACAGUUUAUAGGCAAUUUUAUGUAUUUGUUAUUUAAAGUACGGAAAUCUAUACAACGUAUAAGGGAAGGUCGGUGAGGAGACCAAAUGCAGAAGUCUAUUGAAACAUCUUAAACGGCAAAACUGUAUAACAUUAACCUUAAAGAAAGCUUUGUUAAAAUUAUAAAACAUGGAUGAAGAACCAGAGAGAGCAAAACGCUGGGAAGGAGGAUACGAACGAACAUGGGAGGUCCUGAAGGAGGAUGAAUCUGGAUCUCUCAAAGCCACUGUGGAGGACAUUCUUUUCCAGGCGAAGAGGAAAAGAGUCUUUGAGAGUCAUGGACAAGUUCGGCUUGGGAUGAUGCGGCACCUCUUUGUGAUCAUAGACUCGUCUAGAUCAAUGGAAGAUCAAGACCUGAAGCCCAACAGGCUCACCUCAACCUUAAAGCUGAUGGAGUAUUUUGUAGAGGAAUACUUUGACCAGAAUCCAAUCAGUCAGAUAGGGAUCAUUACCACUAAGAACAAGAGGGCAGAGAAGCUCACUGAUCUUGCAGGGAACCCUAAGAAGCAUAUAGCAGCUCUGAAGAAAGCCGUGGACGCCACGUGUGUUGGGGAACCAUCUCUCUACAACUCUCUGAACUUGGCCAUGCAAACUCUAAAACACAUGCCUGCUCACACAAGCAAAGAGAUCCUGGUUGUUUUCAGCAGUCUUACUACCUGUGACCCAGCCAACAUCUACGAGCUGAUCAAAACUCUGAACGGUUUGAAGAUCAGAGUGUCUGUGAUCGGUCUGUCGGCAGAGGUUCGGGUGUGCACCAUCCUCACAAGAGAAACUGGAGGAUCCUACAAUGUAAUUCUGGACGAGAGUCAUUUUAAAGAGCUGCUGAUGCUGCAUGUGAAGCCGCCUCCAGCCAGCUCCUCCUCUGAGUGCUCCCUCAUUCGCAUGGGUUUCCCCCAGCAUGUCAUAGCCUCCAUGUCUGAUCAGGAUGCCAAGCCUUCGUUCAGCAUGUCGCACCUAGACAGCGCUGGUGAACCAGGACUCACUCUUGGUGGCUAUUACUGCCCGCAGUGCAGAGCCAAAUACACUGAACUGCCAGUGGAGUGUAAAGUGUGCGGUCUGACUCUAGUUUCCGCUCCUCACCUUGCACGUUCCUUUCAUCACCUCUUCCCCCUUGAGGCCUUCCAGGAGACCCCCCUGGAAGAGUAUGAGGGCGAGAGGUUCUGUGAAGCUUGCCAAGGAGAGUUGAAAGACAAAAGUGUGUUUACUUGUCUAACAUGUAAAAAAGUGUUCUGCGUGGAGUGCGAUCUCUUCAUACAUGACACACUGCACUGCUGUCCUGGCUGCAUGCAGACUGACAGGACGUCCUGAUGUAAGACAUAUGUGAACUUCAGCACAAGUAGAAACUGGGAGAUGCAGAAGAAAAAGAGGAAGUGAUGAUCCACUGAUUCAGAUUAUUACUGAUUAUUUAGGCUUAACAUAAUGAAAGCAAGUGGUUGUCAGGGUCUUUGGCAUCUUUCUGGUUUUUGCAUCAUAGCUGUGCUUAAGCUGUUACUGUAUGAAAGGCGCCCCCUAUGGGGAAAAGUGUCUCACUGGACCAAAUGAAACCAGCAUCAGAGAAAACAUUUUGUGCCAUUUUGUCAGUGUCCUAUUUCUGUUUAAGCCACUGAGUUGUUAUGAUUUAACAUGACAUCUGUUUCUAGAUUUAGUUUUCUAUAUACCAUGUUAUUAUAGUUGCCUGUACUCAAUUAUGCAGAUGCAAACUUGUAAUUAGGUGUUGAGAUGAAUUGUUCAAAUUAAAUUCUUUUAAUACCGUA